AUGGACAACCGCCUGCAUCGCCGUCCGGAUCAUCAGCCCCGACUCCUUCUCCCCCUGCAUCGCCGCCAGCAGACCCGACCGCCACAAGCGCGGCAGCUCCGCCGACCAUUGCGCCCAUCGCUUGAUCAGCAAUACCAUCGACCACAGGGGCCGCUUCGACCGCGUCAGGAAGGAGAUGGACAACCGCCUGCAUCGCCGUCCGGAUCAUCAGCCCCGACUCCUUCUCCCCCUGCAUCGCCGCCAGCAGACCCGACCGCCACAAGCGCGGCAGCUGGGGCGCCCGGCGAGUCUGCACCAGGCGGCGUACCUCACACCCUCACGAACCCCUCAGAUCCUUGGCCUAGCCAGAAUGCGUCUUCCUCUUAUGACCCAGCAUGGUCAUCGAUGAACGGAUCCGUCCCCUGGAACGCGUCGAUGACCAUGGAACCCUCAGCGAACGUGUCCUCGAGCUCAUCGACUUCAACCUCAAUAUCGCGGACAUGGAGCAGCUUCACCAAGUCGCGGCCAUGGACGACGUCGUCGAAGACGUCUACAGGCUCGGAUUCAAAGCCGACGUUCGUGCCGGGCCAGCUGUUCAACAUGACGAUGGGAGGACGUGACCGAGACACAGUGUACAGCGUGCCCAUGUCGUUUGGCCAUGAGUCGCAGAGCAGCAGCUACAGCAGGAAACGGCAGGACUGGAACGGCACAGCCCCGCAAGUCCUAAACAUGAUGGUGGAUCUGGGCUCUUCUGACAUGUGGGCAGCGGUCAAUACGUGCAAGAGCUCCUCGUGCAAGGAUGCCCCGCGCCUAUUCAACCACAGUGCUUCCCUCGACGCCGACAUCGACAUCAGGCUAGACUAUCUCGUCGGCUCUGUCAGCGGCGAGAUCUACUGGGAGCAAGUGACGUUGGGCAACUUUUCCAUCGGCUACCAGUCGUUCGUCGCGGCGGAGCGAGUCGUAGACGAGGACAUGGGCAACGGCGAGUUCUCGGGGCUACUGGGCUUAGCUCUACCGGCCAACUCUGUCAUCCAAGAGCAGCUCCCGGGUACGUUUGGAUCACAGCCAGAUGGCGCGACAUGGCUCGACAACCUGUUCGGCGCUGGCGCGCAUUCAGCUCCGACCCACCGUUUGUUCUCCCUGUCGCUCGAGCGCUUCGACGACAAGCGAACGGCGUCGACUCUUGGUAUCGGCACGACAGACGACCGAUUCUGCCCCCCGCCGUGCUCGCCCAAAUACGUUCCGAUUGUCGCCGAGUCAAAUCUUGGCAAGACGGGAUUCUUACACUGGCGUAUGCUGCUUGAUGGGAUCUACACGACGACGUGGUCUGAUGCAAAGGGCGGCUCCGGCCCCAGCCACCGUAACAUUACGCUUGGAAGGAGUGAGGCGGACGACGUCAAGCAGCCGUUAGUCCUCCUGGACUCUGGCGGCGUCGGUAUCUUGUUCAACAACCGAACGGUCGUCGACGACAUUUACCAGUCGUUCAACAUCAAGGCCGGCAAGGACGGCAAGUACCGCUUCCCGUGCACACAGCAGAUCGCAGUCACGUUCAACAUUGGCGGCAACGACUUCCCCGUUCACCCGCUCGACAUGUCGUGGCCCGACCCAGACGACCCGACGCAGGUCUCGUGCUUCGGCUCGAUCCAGUACGCCAACCUGAACGGUAAAGCCGAUGUGGUACUGGGCUCGAGUUUCAUGCGCAAUGUGUACUCGGUGUUCCGAUACCCGGACCAGUCAAAGGCUGGCUCGUCAUGGCGACCGUCAGUUGGCAUGGUGUCGUUGAUGGACCAAGCGACCGGCUCUAAAGACUUUUACGCCGUCCGCAACGACCACAAGGCUCUGUCGGCAAUCUCCCAGGGCCGCUGGGACGGCGAGCGCGGGGACCCAGGGGCGGGCGCAACGCCUGCGCAGCAGCACCGUGUCGUCUCCACCGCCGUCAUCGCUGCGUGCUCAGUCAUUGGCUUCUUCGUGCUCGCUGCCGCUGCGUUCUGCGCGUGGUGGUUCUGCAUGCGCCGCAGGGUCGGUGCGUCCGGCCGCAUCGACUACAGGCUUGCGGACCCGGCUCCGCGCGAGCACGACCGUAGCGAUUCGACGUUACGCAGCAGCAAGCACCGGAACACAUUACGGCAGAAGAGCAUGGUCGACGGGUUCUCGGACGCGGACGUCGAGAGCUGGAAGUCCAUGACCGAGGGCGGCUCGAUCCAGCUGAACAGUCUACGCGAGGUGCGCGAGGAGGACGACCGACCUUACGCACUGACGCGUGGUGCGGAUAGCCUGUCGAACCACACGCGCGGCUCGAGUCUGCACCAGAGUUUGCUCAUGGUGCAUGACUCGCCGAAUGUGCCGUACAGCGACUUUGCCCCGGGCGAGAAUUCUGCUCAGCAGCAACAGCGGCCCUCGUACGGAGAGCGGCGCAAGAGCUCGCACUCUGCCAUCAAUGUGCCCGUCACGUCGCCCGAUGCGUCUCUCCGCCUGAUCGAUCUGCCGAACGCCGAUUCGCCAUACCCCCGCAUGUCCCACAUGUCGUCCGGAUCGUACUCGAUGACGGGAGCGUACCCCAUGGUCGGCCGACCGCCGAACGCACGCCGCACGAGCGAGUACGACUACUUCGGCUUGAUGGGUGACUCGCCGACGCAGGAGACAUUCCCCAGGGAGCGCAGAGCGAGCGCCCCGCGUACUUCGCCGCGCUUACAAUAA